AUGACGAAUAUCCACCCCGAGUCGCCGGAGGACUUCGAGUUCAUCGAAACUCCUGCCGCCUCCGCUACAACACCCGCGGACGACUGCGGCGUGCGAACUACUUCGUACCCGGCCAUCAAAAAUGCACCCGUCCCAGCGGAUUCUCCUGGCAGUGAUAGCUUCUCCAAUACUCUACUUUUCCUCCUACUCUUCCUGAUCCCAUGGUAUUCCGCUCGCCAGAUCGGUGGAGGUUUCUACACCACCAUCUUCUUCGCAAUCUUCACUACCAUUCCGAUUUUGAUGGCUUUCUGGUCUGUGGCCUCUACCAUCUCCCCACGCAAGAACGAAAAGGCAAAGUAUGCCGGCCGCCCUGUGGAGUACUACUUGAACUUCCACAGCGAGCAUGACCGUGCUACAUACCGCGGAAAGGCCAAGGUCCCGAUGGAGGUCUUCUACGAGAAAUACUUUGCGGGUGAGGUCGACUUCAAGAUGGACGCUCUGGAAGCCCUAGAAUUCAGGCAUGACUGGGCCAAUUUCCGGUUUACAAUGGGUCUCUUCAAGCACUUCCUUUUCGGCUUCAUCCCAGAGUUACUGGUCCACUCUCGUUCUCAGGAUGAGGAACAGGUCCGUGACCACUACGACCGCGGCGAUGACUUCUAUGCUUGGUUCCUAGGCCCUCGCAUGAUCUACACUUCUGGUAUUAUCGGGGACGUGAACAAGGAGGAAACGCUCGAGCAACUUCAGGACAACAAGCUGGCCGUGGUCUGUGAGAAGAUUGGACUCAAGCAGGGUGAUACCGUUCUCGACCUUGGCUGUGGCUGGGGUACCCUGGCCAAGUAUGCCUCCGUCCACUACGGCGCCGAAGUCACUGGUAUCACUCUUGGUCGUAACCAAACCGCUUGGGGUAACAAGGGUCUCCGCAACUCCGGCGUUGAAGAAAACCAGAGCCGUGUCUUAUGCUUGGACUACCGUGAUGCCCCCCGUGUGGAUGGCGGAUACAAAAAGAUUACCUGUCUAGAGAUGGCGGAACACGUCGGUGUGCGCCACUUCACCUCGUUCUUGUCUCAGGUCUACGACAUGUUGGAUGACGACGGCGUUUUCUUCCUGCAGAUUGCUGGCCUCCGCAAAGCCUGGCAAUACGAGGAUCUCAUUUGGGGUCUUUUCAUGAACAAGUACAUCUUCCCCGGCGCCGACGCCAGCACUCCCCUCGGGUUCGUCGUCGACAGACUCGAGGCCGCUGGAUUCGAGAUCAAGGGUAUUGACACCGUCGGUGUCCACUACUCCGCUACCCUCUGGCGCUGGUACCGGAACUGGCUGGGUAACCAUGAGAAGGUCGAGGCUAAGUACGGCAAGAAGUGGUACAGAAUCUGGGAAUACUUCCUUGCCUACUCCACCAUCACAUCCCGCCAGGGCGGUGCUACCUGUUGGCAGAUAACGCUAGUUAAGAACAUCAACUCCACUCACCGUGUUGAAGGCAUCAACGACCAAUAUGGCUUGACCGGCGCCCGGGAAGCUUCCGUCGCCAAUGUUGGCAAUGGCUCAGUGCCUAGCGCCCACAUCACUCUCAAGGCUUAG